CUCUGCACCAAAUCACGGUCAAGCACGGCGCAAAGCCAUACUCCUGGCAAUGCCGACGUUGGCCCUUCCCAUCCCGUCGGACCUCUCCCCGACGACCGUCAAGAAUACAGCCUCGCUGUUCAGGAUCGUUGCUCUCGCCUUGAUUUCAGGAGCUGCUAUCGCUUCGCGCUUGUUUGCUGUCAUCAACUUUGAGAGUAUUAUCCAUGAAUUCGACCCAUGGUUCAACUACCGCGCAACCAAGAUUCUCGCAACGAAGGGUUUCUAUGAAUUCUGGAAUUGGUUCGACCCCACAGCAUGGUAUCCUCUCGGUCGUGUCGUCGGAGGAACAGUCUACCCCGGUUUAAUGGCGACCAGCGGUGUCAUCUACAACGUCCUCAAGGCUAUUAACCUCCCCGUCGACAUCAGGAACAUUUGCGUCCUCCUCGCACCAGGAUUUAGCGCGUUGACCGCCUUUGCGACAUACCUGUUCACCACUGAAAUGAAGAACGAGAGCGCUGGUCUGUUGGCUGCGGCCUUCAUUGGCAUUGCACCUGGAUACAUCUCCCGUUCGGUCGCUGGUUCAUACGAUAACGAAGCCAUCUCCAUCUUCCUGCUCAUGUUCACCUUCUUCCUCUGGAUCAAGGCUCUCAAGACUGGAAGCGCGCUCUACGGAACCAUUGCUGCUAUCUUCUACUUCUACAUGGUGUCGGCUUGGGGUGGAUACGUUUUCAUCACCAACAUGAUUCCUCUUCACGCUCUGGUUCUCAUGCUCAUGGGUCGUUUCUCAUCGCGUCUAUACGCCGCCUACUGCUCCUGGUACGCCAUUGGCACUCUCGCAAGUAUGCAAGUGCCCUUCGUCGGAUUCCAGCCAGUCAGCACUAGUGAACAUAUGGGCGCUUUGGGCGUCUUUGGCUUGCUGCAGAUCGUCGCUUUCACUGAACUUGUUAGGUCACAUGUCUCCUCCCAACACUUCCAGAAACUUCUCCGUAUCGCCUUGGUUGCCAGUGGAAUUUUGGGUACCGCCGCAUUCGUUUUCUUAACCUACAAAGGCAAGAUUGCUCCUUGGACUGGUCGUUUCUACUCUCUUUGGGAUACUGGAUAUGCCAAGAAGUAUAUUCCUAUCAUCGCCUCCGUCUCCGAGCAUCAACCCACCGCCUGGCCCUCAUUCUUCAUGGACCUCCAGAUGCUCAUCUUCCUCUUCCCCGCCGGUGUCAUCCUCUGCUUCAAGGAGCUUCGAGAUGAACACCUCUUCGUUAUCAUCUACGCCGUCAUGGCCAGCUACUUCGCUGGUGUCAUGGUUCGUCUCAUGCUAACUUUGACACCAGUUGUCUGCGUUGCUUCGGCUAUCGCUCUUUCGAGCAUGCUCGACGUCUACCUUAACCCAGUUGAGCCCGAUGCAGCCGCAGAGACCACCUCCGAGGAUGCCGCUUCUAACGGCCCAUCUACCCCUGCACCUUCUGCUACCCCCGCGGCCUCGAAGAAGGGCAAGAAGGCUGCCAGCGACAAUGCCGCAUCUACCAACAUCCUAUCGGAACUCGCCGCAGUUGCGACUGGUGUCCCAGCCGGCAAGUCUUCGAAGAAGGACAAGUCCAAGCCAGGCAUCUUCGGACUCGACAGCCGCCUUGUGGUCCUCCUCAACACCACUUUCCUCCUUGUCUUCUUUGUCCUUCACUGCACUUGGGUCACCUCCAUCGCCUAUUCCUCGCCUUCAGUCAUUUUGUCGUCCCAGAAUCAGGAUGGAUCGAUGCAUAUCAUUGACGAUUACCGAGAGGCAUAUUACUGGCUCAGGCAGAAUACCGCUCCGGAUUCUGUGAUCAUGAGCUGGUGGGAUUAUGGUUACCAAAUUGCUGGUAUGGCCGAUCGACCUACUUUGGUUGACAACAACACUUGGAAUAACACCCACAUCGCCACUGUCGGCAAAGCCAUGUCCAGCUCCGAAGAAAAAGCCUGGCCCAUCCUCCGCAAGCACGACGUUGAAUACGUUCUCGUUAUUUUCGGUGGUCUGAUUGGCUACUCUGGCGACGACAUCAACAAGUUCUUGUGGAUGGUCCGUAUUGCCCAGGGUGUCUGGCCUGAUGAGAUCCAGGAACCAAACUACUUCACGCCAAGGGGUGAAUAUAGGAUUGACGAACAUGCCUCGAGGACGAUGAGGGAGAGUUUGAUGUACAAGAUGUCGUAUUACCGAUUUGCGGAGAUCUUUGGACCUGGACAAGCUGUUGAUCGUGUCCGAAACCAGCCCGUACCCAAAACUCCCAUCGAACUCGACUACCUCGACGAAGCUUUCACAUCAGAAAACUGGAUCGUCCGAAUUUACCAAGUAAGAAAAGAAGACCCUCUGGGACGAGACUUGAAGUCUGCGAACGCGUUUGCGGCUGGUAAGAAGGCCAAGAAGAGCAAGCCACUUGUGAGACGGAAGGCGCUUGUUGCAUGA